CGAAUGCUGGAUCCCUCAUUUAUUGUGACAUAAGAAAGUAGAAAAAUUCGAGUCUAAAUCUAAAAAAGUUUGAAUUUUGACAAUACAAUGACAACAGAUAUUGAUCAGAGAUUACGUGAUAUUCAAAGAGAAUACUUAGAUUUCUUAGACGAUGAUGAUGACCAAGGUACAUAUAGUCAGAAAGUCAAAGAAAUGAUCACCAGAAAUGAGUGUCGCAUCAUUGUAAAUAUUAAUGAUAUUAGAAGAAAAAACCCAAAGCGGGCACAAGAGUUAAUUAACAAUGGUUUUGAAGAGCUUUUGGCUUUCCAGCGAGCAUUGAAGGAGUUUGCUGCUGCUGCUGACCCAACAUAUGCUAAACAGUUUGAAGAUUUUUUCGUUGGAUUGGAAGGAAGUUUUGGAGCCAAACAUGUAACACCUCGCACCCUUAGUUCUCGUUUUCUCAGCAGUGUCGUAUGUUUGGAGGGUAUUGUCACAAAAUGUUCCAUUGUACGGCCAAAGGUUGUCCGUAGUGUACACUACUGUCCUGCGACAAAGAAAACUAUGGAGAGACGAUAUACAGAUGUAACAUCUUAUGAUGCAUUUCCUUCAUCUUCUGUUUAUCCCACUAAGGAUGAAGAUGGAAACCUUCUGGAAACAGAGUUUGGACUUUCUACUUAUAAAGAUCAUCAAACUUUCACAGUCCAGGAGAUGCCUGAAAAGGCUCCUUCUGGACAAAUACCUCGUAAUGUGGACAUCAUAGCUGACUGUGACUUAGUAGAUGCAUGCAAACCUGGGGAUAGAGUUCAAAUUGUGGGUGUUUAUAGAUGUUUGCCAUGGAAACAAGGAGGAUACACUUCGGGCACAUUCAGGACUGUGUUGAUUGCAAACAAUAUCAGAACUAUGACUAAGGAAGUUUCACCCCAUCUCUCUGGUGAUGAUGUAUCAAAUUGUAAAAAGUUAAGCAAGGAGAGAGAGGAUGUGUUUGAGGUUUUAGCUUGUUCCUUAGCACCUUCCAUCCAUGGACAUGAGUAUAUCAAAAAAGCUAUUUUGUGUUUGCUACUUGGAGGAGUUGAAAAAGUUUUGCCAAACGGAACCCGCCUUCGAGGGGACAUCAAUGUUUUAUUAAUUGGAGACCCCUCUGUGGCUAAGUCACAACUUCUACGUUAUGUUCUGCUCACAGCCCCAAGAGCCAUUCCAACCACAGGCAGAGGAUCAUCAGGUGUUGGAUUAACUGCUGCUGUUACUACUGACCAUGAAACUGGUGAGCGACGUCUAGAAGCUGGAGCCAUGGUACUAGGUGACAGAGGUGUUGUCUGUAUUGAUGAGUUUGAUAAGAUGUCAGACAUUGAUAGAACUGCCAUCCACGAGGUUAUGGAACAGGGUAGAGUGACUAUUGUAAAGGCAGGAAUCCAUGCUAAGCUUAAUGCUCGAUGUAGUGUUCUUGCUGCAGCUAAUCCUGUAUAUGGAAGGUAUGACCAGUACAAAACUCCAAUGGAAAAUAUUGGCCUUCAAGACUCUUUGCUGUCUCGUUUUGAUCUGCUUUUCAUUAUGCUUGAUAAGAUGGAUCCUGAAAGUGACAGAGAAGUAUCUGAACACGUCAUUAGGAUGCACCGCUAUCGUAAGCCUGGUGAGCAAGAUGGGGAAGCUACUCACAUUAAGAGCUCAGCAGAUAUUUUGUCAACAAAUGAUCCUGAUGCUGAAGAAGAAGGUACUGAUACACCAAUGUAUGAGAAGUUUGAUCCUUUAUUGCAUGGAAAUCGACGUAAAAGGGAGAAGAUUGUAAGCAUCCAGUUCAUGAAAAAGUAUAUUCAUCUUGCUAAAGGAAUGAAACCUACUCUGACAAAGGAAGCCUGUGAUUGUAUUGCAGAAGAAUAUUCACGUCUUCGCUCUAUGGAUGUGGAACAUACAGACUUAGCCCGAACACAACCAGUUACAGCUCGUAGUUUAGAAACCUUGAUUCGUAUUGCAACUGCUCACGCCAAGGCUCGUUUCUCCAAAUCUGUUGAUCUGGAAGAUGCACAAGCUGCUAUAGAACUCUUACAGUUUGCAUGUUUCAAAAAAGUAAUGGAGAAACCCAAGAAACGUCAUCGAAGUGAAGAUGAUGAAGAUGAAAGUGAAGAUGAAGAACAACGACCAAAGAAAACAAAAAAAACACGAGUUACAGACACAGCUGAUCGUCAUCCACAGAGAAAGCCCGGAGAUGAAGGAUAUGAUCCUUAUGAUUUUGAUGCCUCUGAAGAGAGAGAAACUCGUGCAACAGAUAGUAGACAACCAAGACAGCAUGAUAGUCAGGAAAAGGAUAAAAAAGAUGAAGCUCCUUCAAGUACCACUGUUGUUCUGCCAGAAGAAAGGUUGAAACUUUUCAGGUCUUUGCUUGUGAAGCUUUUUAAGAAAGAGCAUGCUCAAUCUCUUGCUAUGUCUCGUUUGAUGGAGUUCCUUCCUGAAGAAAUACAGACAGAUCCCUUCACUGCAGAGGAAGUAAAUUUAGCGUUAGAGAAGAUGCAAGAUGCCAACCAAGUUAUGGUUGCUGAUAACAUAAUAUUCUUGAUCUGAGAAAGAUGUAUGAUACUGUUUUAUAUAUAAAUGUAUGAGUAAACUUAGUUACUUCUUUGUUCUGAAGAAGUAAAACCAUUCAGAAGCUCAUAUAUAAUUUAGGAAUGAAAAUUUGUCUCAGAUAAAACUGUAAUUAUUGUCAAAAUCAGAAAAGCUUGCUAAAAAUAAUUCAUCUGAAAACCAAGUAACUUAAGAAGUUUAUAGCAUGCUAUAACCUUAUGUAUGUGUUAUUAAAAUCAGAGUAUUGUAUUAUUAGUGUUAAUGAAGUACUCUGCUUUUGAUAACAUGUAUACGAAGUUAUAGUGCUAUUGUUAUUAAUGAAUGUGAAUUGAAGUUAUUUUAAAAUUACUGGUAAGUUAUAGAUAGGUUUUGAAAAACAGUGCCUGCUCCAUUCUACUUUAAGAUUCAUUGUAUAAUUCUUAAAAGUAUUUUUGUUACUAUUUGGAAUAAAACUUUUGUAAGAUCCAAUAUAGCUCUGUAGUUGUAUUUGAAAUUAAUAUAAUAGAGGUAAAUUUACAUAUUUAUUCACUGGUGAACUAAUUGCAAGAUUAGCAAAUUACGUAUGAAAUUUAACAUUUUUAAAAAUGUUUUGUAAAUGCUUGAUUUUCAUGGAUAUAGGAAUGUUUUAUCUUUCAUAAAAAAUAGUAAAAAGAAGGUUCAGAAAAUAUGUUUACCAGAAUAUAAGUAUCCAGAUGUAGCUUUUGCUGAUUGUAUCAUGUUGGGAAAAUUCGGGAAUUUAUUUAUUGGGUUACUUUAAUUGAUGUCUGAUAUCAUUAAGUUUAAGUUUGCAAGCACAAUAUUAAUUUGGAAAAGCAUUUCAAUAUUGUAUGCUUAUUGGUUUGAUAUUAUGAAGCAGUUUAGUCAUAAUAUCACUGUAUUGUUUUGGCAACUUUCAAGCAUAGCUUUGAUAAGCUUAACCAAUAUUUCCAUUAAAAAAAGUAAAUUGUAUUAUUUGCAUUAGUAAUGAACUGAUUGUAAUCUACACAUAAUUUUACUUUUGACAAUGAAGCUAAAUCCAACUGCUUUAGAACAUCACAAGAUUUUCUGUAACAAAUAUAUUCAAAGAAGUUAUUUCUUUUUUUAAUACUUAACAGCAGGAAGACAAUUUCAAAAUAGCCAUAAAUUUGGAAAACAAGCUUAAGAUAAACUUAGUACUUUUGCAAUGUGCAUAAUAUUACAGUCUUGUUUUUUUACUGGAAUUGAUUGGUAUACAUAAAUAUUAUUCGUCUUUUUAUUUUUUUUAAUGGUUAGAAGUCGCCAACAAAAUAUAUUUGGUAGUGGUAAUUCUUGAAAGCUGGGAAAGCAAUGGAGGAUAUUAAACCUAACAUUUUUUUUCCACACUUAAAAAAAAAAAGUGCUACUGUAUAGGGUUAAGACAAA